UAGUAGGAUGUAGUUAUGGUCCGUUCCGACAACAGUGCCAUUGAUACCUGCUGCCAUGCCAGACACUGUAAAUCAACUUCGCAUGAUAAUAGAUUUGAAGACAUUAAUUGAGCGUUAAAUGACGUACACAGUGGGAUGAAGUACAGCUUUGCAUAAAGUUCUUCAGACAAGAAAAUCACUUUAACUUUGAGCCUCACAAGCGUCGCAUUUUGAAGAGGCAGCAUGGGGGUGCGGGGGUUGCAGAGCUACCUUGAGAGCCACUGCAGUGCGGCGUGCUACAACGUCAACCUGGGCAAGCUGUCCGCCGAGUACCAGCGGCGGACCAAGAAGACACCCCUGAUCGUAGUGGACGGGAUGUCGUGCCUGCGUAAGAUGUACGGCAAACUCAACUGGGUGUGUGGGGGGCAGUGGCUCGGCUACAUCGACCACAUCAAGAACUUCGUCAAGAGCUUGCAGGGCCACAACUACAAACUCGUCUUUUUCUUCGACGGCAACACCCCGAGAAGAAAGCGGGAGACGUGGAUCCACCGCCGAGUGGAGAACCUCAAGGACGUCACCAACUUCUUCCUCCUCAUCAAGAUGAACAAGGAGCUGGAGCACGGCAAGCACUUCUUCCUGCCCACCGGCCUCGCCGCCUUCACCCCACUCAUCUUCAAGGUGGGUUACUUCACCCCACUCAUGAUCAAGGUGGGUGUCAUCUACCCACUCAUGUUCAAGGUAGGUUACUUCACCCCACUUAUCUUCAAGGUGGGUUACUUCACCCCACUCAUCUUCAAGGUGGGUGUCAUCUACCCACUCAUGUUCAAGGUGGGUAACGACGUCAUCCACCAGGAGCAGCUGCUGAACUUCCACAAGAUGAUCCUGUCGUCGAGCUACUUCCAGGGGCGCACGUCCCUGCGUCUGCCCCCCGAGGUGCUCAUCCCGCGGGUGGCCAACUUCAUCCAGAACCAGCCUCCCAUGAGCCAGCUGCAGCACCAGCUGCCCCAGCUUGCCAGGGCGGUGUUCCGGGACGAGGGUAUGGUGCCCUCGCUGGUAGAGGGUCUCAAGAUGUACCAGUUGGACAUAUCUGGUCCUGACCAGUACCAGCCCAUCAGUGAAGAGACCAUCAAGCAGGUCAGCGACGCGCCAGACUACGUGGAGGAAUGGUGCAUGUACAACGGCAACACAUUCGAGGCCCCAGACCGCGUCCAGCCCGAGGAGCUGCUAGGGGGGACGCCCUCCAUCGAGGAGCUCUGGAACGGCGACGCGGAGCUGAAGUGGAGGACCUUCUGUGACGUCAUCCACCCCGACCUGCACGACAGCUGCCUCAGCCGCCUCAGAGCCUGCCUCAUCAUCCCCACCGCCAUCCUCUUCUACAUGCAGGUGCGUCAUCAUCCCUCCUCAUCAUCCCCACGCUCCAUCUUUAAACCUACGUUUCAUCACCCACACCGCCAUCCUCUUUACUUUUCGCUCCUCCUCUCAUCGCCCUCACCCCUCACUCCACCGUUCCCUCUCACCACCCUCACCCCUCACUCCCUCUCACAACCCUCACCCCUCAAUCCUCUCAUCACCCUCACUCCCUCUCACCACCCUCACUCCCUCUCACCACCCUCAUCCCUCACUCCCUCUCACGACCCUCACCCCUGA